ACCGGGCGGCUCUUCGCCGCCCACCUGACGCAGCGAGGGGCGGUGCCGGGCCCGCCCCUCCCCACGGAGCCGGGCUUCACUCCUGCGGUCCUGGGUCUCGCUGAAGCCUCGGACUUCCGCUGGGGCGCAGAAGCCGCAGAGGUGGAAGAGGUCUGUUCCCAGUAGAGCUGAAGCGUGUUCUUUGGAUCUAGGUGGGGAAGGAGGAGCGGGCUGUGACCCUGGCCUGUUCUGAAGGGCCCAGCCUUGGGCCGAAUGGCAGCACCCCCACUGGGCCGGCUGGUGUUGACUCACCUGCUGGUAGCCCUCUUUGGCAUGGGCUCCUGGGCUGCCAUCAACGGGAUCUGGGUGGAGCUGCCUGUGGUGGUAAAAGACCUUCCUGAAGGUUGGAGUCUCCCGUCAUACCUCUCUGUGCUUGUGGCAGUGGGGAACCUGGGUCUGUUGGUGGUGACCCUGUGGAGGCGGCUGGCUCCGGGCAAGAGCGAGCGGGCCCCCAUCCAGGUGGUGCAGGCACUGAGCGUGGCGGGCACAGCCCUGCUGGCCCCACUGUGGCGCCACAUGGCCCCAGUUGCCGGGCAGCUCCACUCCGUGGCCUUCCUAACACUGGCCUUGGUGCUGGCACUGUCCUGCUGUGCCUCUAACGUCACUUUCCUGCCCUUCUUGAGCCACCUACCACCUCCCUUCUUGCGCUCCUUCUUCCUGGGUCAGGGCCUCAGUGCCCUGCUGCCCUGUUUGCUGGCCCUCGUGCAGGGCGUAGGCCACCUUGAAUGUUUGCCGUCUUCCACCAAUGGUACCCUUUGGCUCCCCCACAAUGUCCCAGAGCGUUUUCCCGCCAGCACCUUUUUCUGGGUGCUGACUGCCCUUCUGGUCACUUCGGCUGCCGCCUUCCAGGGUCUCCUGCUGUUACUGCCGUCACCACCACCUGCACCCACAGCGGGUCCAGGGUCUGGCCUGCGGGCAAGAGCCGCAGGAGCGGAGGAGGAAGAGGAAGAGGCCUUGCCACUGCAGGAGUCACCGAGCCAAGCCCCAGGCACCACUCCCAGCCCAGACCCUGAGCCCUAUCGGCUGCUCUCUGUCCACGGAGCCUGCCUGCUGGGCCUGCUGGCCAUCACCAAUGCACUGACCAAUGGCGUGUUGCCUGCCGUGCAGAGCUUUUCCUGCUUGCCCUACGGCCGCCUGGCCUACCACCUGGCAGUGGUGUUGGGCAGCGCCGCCAACCCCCUCGCCUGCUUCCUGGCCAUGGGUGUGCUCUGCAGGUCUCUGGCAGGGCUGGGUGGUCUCUCUGUGCUGGGCAUGCUUUUUGGGGCCUACCUGAUGGCAUUGGCAGUCCUGAGCCCUUGCCCACCCCUGGUGGGCACCUCUGCGGGGGUGGCCCUUGUGGUGCUAUCGUGGGUGCUGUGUUUGGGUGUGUUCUCCUACGUGAAGGUGGCUGCCAGCUCCCUGCUGCAUGGUGGUGGCCGGCCGGCAUUGCUGGCAGCUGGUGUGGCCAUCCAGGUGGGCUCCCUGCUCGGUGCUGUCGCCAUGUUCCCUCCCACCAGCAUCUAUCACGUGUUCCACAGCGGGAAGGACUGUGUGGACCAGUGCAGCCCCUAAGCCUGGGCAGAUGGGGGACCUGAUGUCAGGCUGAGAUGCUGCAGCCCCCAAGUGCCCGCAGCCCAAGGAGGCCCUCCUCGCAUGUGGGCAUGCUCAUGGACACCUGUACACUCCAUAGCAGACGCUGGUCAGGGUGGGGACCACAGCACAGUCCCAGAACCAGGGCCCAGCUAGGGCUGUGGCCUUGGCCCCAGAUCUGGAACCUGUGUGGGAUUUGCACAAUAAAUCACUGUUACUCCAUA